UAUCAGAAACUAUAAAACAUAGAGGAGUAAACUGCAAAGUAUAAAAUGCUAUAUAAGUAACACUGCCCAUUCUCGGACACUGAAACUUGUCGGAAAAGACUAAAGAGGGAAGAAGAAGAGUCGUUUCAAGAUUCAUCAUCAAUGGUGUUUCCUCAGAGUUCCAGGUUGAGCGAUCGCACAGAGGUCAACAGCAACGAGUUUCACGCUUACUGCUUGUCUCUCGCUACACGAAUCGACACAGCUAUUUGGAAUAAUGAAGUUCCAACGGACACUCAAGAGCUUGCUUCAACCCUCAUUCACGUGGGUCAAUGUAGAUGUGAUGAUCAAACGAAGGCGGUGAUCAUGACGCUGAUGAUGUCAGUUAAGAGUGCUUGUGAGCUUGGAUGGUUCCCACAGAGAGAAUCUCAACAACUGUUGGCUCUUGUAGACUCGAUGUUGAUGAGUUUCACCGGUCCUGAAAACGUCGGCUCUAGUCUAACUCCUAACGGUCCCGACAGUCUAAUUCCACAAGUCAUGGAGAGGUUCUAUCCGUUUUUGAAGCUGAGGCAAAUUCUUGUUUCUUCUGAGGCGGACUCAGAAUCAAUCGUAUUGGUGAAGAACUUCCAUAUUUCGAAGAAUCUUCUGCAACAUUCUCCCAGACCGAGAGUAGGAUUAUUUGUUUUCCGGACAGACGACAUAGGCAACUCUAGUUGUAUCAUACAUCCUCAAGAAGUCAGCUUUUCUUUGAAUGCAAGGGCAGUUGACAAUAGAUAUAUCAACUCAAUGGAUUCUAGGCCGCAGCGUCCAACAAAUGUUGCUAAACUGCUCCACCCUGGGACAAAUCUUCUGCAAACUAUAGGCUGUUUUGGAGGUAGUUACUUCAUUGCUAUUGGCUUAUUCGAUGACAUACCACUCCCCGUCUAUCCUUCGCUGGAAGAUUAUGUUCAUUCUGAAGUUAUUGAAUCUGAUUCAGCCUGUGACAUACCUAAAGGCCCAUCAAGGAUAUCUCUCAGCUGUCCUAUAAGCCGCACGCGUAUCAAACUUCCUGUGAAGGGUCAUGCCUGCAAGCAUCUUCAGUGUUGUGAUUUCUGGAACUAUAUCAAAAUAAACACGAGGGUUCCAACAUGGUGCUGUCCGCAUUGCCAUCAGUCUGUCUGCUAUACUGACAUCCGUUUAGAUCAAAGCAUGAUAAAGAUUCUAGAAGAGGUGGGGAAUAAUGUGACCGACGUGGUUAUUAUCUCUCCUGAUGGAUCAUGGAAAGUUGUAACGGAGAACGAGGAGAAUGUGGAAGCUGUGCAUCAUCACGGAGACUCAAGUAGCUCCCAGAACUUGAGGCCAGAUGUUUUUUUGGAUCUUACAAGAGAUGAGAAUGAAACGGAAACAACCGGAAGCACUCAGAUUCCUUCUGCUGCAGCAGGAGGAGAAGUCAUCCACAUGCCAUUCUUUCCAACCUCAUCUCCUCAAGAUACUGCUUAUACGGGAAACUCUCACAUAUCUACUAUGCCUGCUGCUGCUGCUGCUCCUCACUCUUCUCGAUAUCAAGGGUCGUCCCUUGGAGUUUCUCUAGGCAGAGACUCUUGUUUGAUGGAGAGGUGGAACCACCACAACAACUAUGCUCAGUUUCAUCAUCAAUAUGCAAUGCAGAACCAGAGGAGCGUGUCCCCUGUACAGGAAAGACCAAUCCCAUCUUCCAUUACAUAUCCCCAAACUUUUGCUUUCAACUAUGGAAGAGGGACCUCCGACCAGAGACACAUGCAAAGACAGAAUCCUGGUGGUGCAGGGGAACACUUGUCAUCGCGUGAGUUCAUGAACUUGACUCCUGAUAACUCUGCAAACAGGCCCCCACAGAUCCGGAUGAUGCGAGGCAGCAUAGCGCCCGGUUCUACAAGGUAUGACCACCUGAUCAUUCAACCUACCCAGAGGCCGGUUCAGUCACAAGCUCAAACACUUCCUCCAUCUCAGCCAACUGGUUACAAUCACCUCCCUGUUCAGACGCAAGCUCAAGCACUUCCUCCACUUGAACCAACAGCUUACAGUUACGUCCCUGUUCAGUCACAAGCUCAAACACUUCCUCCUCCACCUCAAGCUUUUUUGGCGCAUCCAAGCAAUCCGGUUGGUACUAAUGAAACACAAGCUGGGAGCAGUUCACUGCCCGUGUCGGGAGAUGUUGCGCCACUAGGGUCGUUUUGGUCAGUAAGUAGCAUAUAAGUUGAACAAAAAAAAAAGCAAUAAACAGUCAGUAAGUAGCAUAUAAGUCGGUUUUUUGGGUACUUACCGGUUUAGGCUUCCGGUAUGUACAUGGGGAAAGUUGUUUUUCGGUCUAAGGUAUUCUUGAGAUUCACGCAAUGUGAAAACACUAGGAUAUUGUUUGAUCUUUUUUUUUUGUAUUUGAUUAGAUCCUAAAAACCUAACUCAAAAAGUUUGCAUUCUGGUACGUCCA